AAAGGUGGCCAAUCGACUUCCGGCUGCCUUCCUCCUCCUGAAGAGCAAGCCAGAGCGACUGCUGCAAUGGCCAAGCUCAUUUUGUUUUGCCUGAAAAUAACCACGUUAUGCAUCGCUGUCAAUGCAGUGUUUGAGGAUCAAGUAGGGAAAUUCGAUUGGAGACAACAAUACGUAGGCAAAGUACGUUUUUCUCAUUUCGACACACAUGCGCAGUCUUCGAAAAAGGUACUUCUGGCAACGGAGAAUAACGUGUUUGCUGCACUCAAUACAAGAACUGGAGAUCUCUUGUGGAGACAUGUGGAUAAGGUUGGGCCAGAGGGAAGCAUUGAUGCUCUCCUGCAUCAUGGACAAGAUUCAGUGAUGGUCGUUGGUGACGGCCGCCUGCUGCGCUCCUGGGAGAUAGGUGUUGGCGGUUUGAACUGGGAGGUAGUGCUUGACUCUGGCAGUUUUCAGUCGGCAUGUUUGGUCGGACAGAAUGACAUCACGAAACACGUGGCUGUGUUGAAGAAAACGGUCAUCUCUCUUCACUAUCUUUCUAAUGGUCAUCAAAAAUGGAUUGAGAAUCUUCCAGAAAGUGAGACCGUGGAUUACCAGGCUGUGUAUUCCGGUGGAAACGGUGAAGUGUAUACACUUGGACUAGUCCCUCAUUCCCACAUUGCUAUCGUUGUGUACAGCUUGGAGGAUGGAGAGAUAAUCAAGCAGAUCUCAGUUGAAGCUCCAUGGCUGUCCGACAUACAGGCAAACUGUGUAGUGAUUGGCCAGGGGAUGUUGACGUGUGUGGACUCCCCAACUGUGUCUCUGUACAUGCUUGACUUACAUGAGCAGGCACAAAUGACCCAGAUCCCCCUGCAGUCACUGGGACUUGAAGUUGCUCCAGGCUUCAAUCCUGUUCUGGUGGCCACCCAACCCAACCCAGCCCGCCAGCCACUGUCAGAGUUCUUCCUUCAGGUUGCACCUGAGCACCACCUGCUUCUCCAGCUUAACGAUGGGCAGAUAGUCACACUGAGGGAUUUCAAUCCUGCCAUGCUGGUUGCAUUUGCUACCACUGGAGAGAAGACUGUUGUUGCUGUCAUGUCGCCCAAAAAUAAAACUGCUUGCAGUCUUAACUUGUUUAGUGCAGAAACUGGACGCAGACUCCUUGACACAACUCUCAUUUUUACGGUGGACCCUAACAGCGGGAAACCAGAGAAGUUGUAUGUUCAGGCAUUCCUCAAGAAAGAUGACUCUGUUGGCUACAGGGUGAUGGUGCAGACAGAAGACCACACACUGACUUUCAUACAGCAGCCAGGGCGUGUAAUGUGGAUAAGAGAGGAAGCCCUGUCAGAUGUGGUGACGAUGGAAAUGGUGGAUCUGCCUCUCACAGGAACACAGGCAGAGCUGGAGGGAGAGUUUGGCAAGAAGGCUGCCAUUCAAGAUGGCCUGUUGUCCAUGGUGCUGAAGAGGCUCUCCUCUCAGCUCAUUUUGCUGCAGGCCUGGGUCAGCCACCUCUGGAAGCUCUUCUAUGACGCACGGAAACCUCGCAGUCAAGUUAAAAAUGAAGUGACCAUUGAGAAUCUCUCCAGAGAUGAGUUCAACUUGCAGAAAAUGAUGGUCAUGGUUACUGCGUCUGGAAAGCUCUUCGGGAUUGACAGCAAGACUGGCAGCAUUUUAUGGAAGCACUACCUUGACAACAUCCCUUCUAAUGCAGCCUUCAAACUGAUGGUGCAACGGACUACUGCACACUUCCCUCAUCCACCACAGUGCACACUGCUCAUCAAAGACAAGGACUCAGGCCUGGCUUCUCUCCAUGUUUUCAAUCCCAUCUUUGGAAAGACAAGCCACGUCACCCCACCUGCUCUGCCUCAGCCAAUACUUCAGUCUCUGAUGCUGCCUCUCAUGGAUCAAGAUUACGCCAAAGUCUUACUGCUUGUUGACGACCAGUAUAAGGUUUCUGCAUUUCCCUCUACAAAGAAUGUGCUACAGCAGCUGCAGGAGAUGGCUUCAACCAUAUUCUUUUAUCUUGUUGACUCCAAUCAGGGAAGACUUUCUGGCUACAGGCUACGAACGGAUUUGUCAACCGAACUGAUCUGGGAAGUUGUCAUGCCAACCGAUGUCCAGAGGAUCGUCUCUGUCAACGGGAAAAGGCCCAAUGAGCAUGUGCACUCCCAGGGCAGAGUCAUGGGUGACCGUAGUGUCCUCUAUAAGUAUCUGAACCCCAAUCUUCUGGCUGUGGUGACUGAGAGCACAGACUUGCAUCAGGAGCGAAGUUUCAUUGGGAUCCUCCUGAUUGACGGUGUGACAGGUCGCAUCAUCCACGAAGCAGUCCAGAGGAGGACCAAAGGACCUGUCCAUGUUGUGCAUUCAGAAAACUGGGUGGUGUAUGAAUACUGGAGCACCAAGUCUCGCAGGAACGAGUUCUCCGUCAUUGAACUGUAUGAAGGGAUGGAGCUUUACAACAGCACUGUGUUCAGCUCACUGGAUCGGCCUCAUGCUCCUCAGGUUCUUCAACAGUCAUACAUUUUCCCAUCCUCCAUUUCUGCCAUGGAGGCAACUCUGACUGAGAAAGGCAUCACCAGCCGCCAUCUGCUCAUCGGCUUGCCCUCUGGAGGGAUUUUGUCAUUGCCUAAGAUGUUCCUUGACCCUCGGAGGCCAGAAAUAGUGUCUGAGCAAAGCCGUGAAGAGAACCUGAUACCAUACGCACCAGAGCUGCUGAUCCGCACAGAAUGGUUCAUCAACUACAAUCAAACUGUGUCAAGAGUGCGAGGAAUCUAUACCGCCCCCUCUGGACUGGAGUCUACCUGCUUGGUGGUGGCAUAUGGUCUCGACAUCUACCAGACACGCGUCUAUCCCUCAAAACAGUUUGACGUCCUAAAAGACGACUACGAUUACAUGCUGAUCAGUAGCGUUCUCCUCGCCCUUUUCUUUGCCACCAUGAUCAGCAAACGCCUGGCAGAAGUCAAACUGCUCAACCGGGCCUGGCGGUAAAGUGAUCAACGAAAAUCCCAUCUCUGGCAACUUUAAGUCUGCAUGAAGGACCUCAGCCCGAGGAGAUGAGACGGCAUGUGCCAUGCCUGUAGAAGAGCUCAGGUCAACGUUCAAUAAGGCCCACAAGGAACUGCAGGGGAGAGGGGGAUGGCGGGGUUGGGGGGGAAAGGAAGAAUAAAUAAUGGUUUUACAUGUUCAUUUUUUUAACUUAUUUUGCAAGAACAAAGAAUAAUUUCUCAGUAGAACAGGUUUAUUGUGCCAUGUCAUUAUGAUUAGAUGUUAACCCUUUGCUAACAACAUUACACUGGCUUGAAUUCAUUAAAUUGUGGACUGAAAACUCCUUUACAUGUUAAAUUUAAUGAAAGUAUGUUGUUCUUUUUCUAAGACUAAAUUUGUGUUGAUAGAUUGUCCUAAUCAAGAGUGAAGAUACAUUUUAAGGCCGGAGAAAAUUGAGACUGUGGAUGUCCAACACGCGUGAGCAUGUAUGUCAGAGGUGAAUGAUGUGUGAUGUCAUUCAGUCAAAUGGCAGAUUAACUGUGAAUAUGAAGUGUGAGGAGAAAAUGUGGUGUAGACGAGAAAAGGUUAUUUGUGCUUUUCUUAAAACAAUACCCCCAAAGUCACCGUCUUACUGUCAUCAACUGACAUGCAUGAUGAACAAAAUGCUCAUCCGAAGUCUUUGUUUUAAGUUCAUCAAAUCUGCAGCUCACACACUUGUGAGCAGUUUUGAUUCAUCAGAUGCUGUUGCUGCUCCAUUAAAAUUUGUCUCAGAAAUCCA